AUGUACGGCACAUCCACCGGUCCUCAGACCGGUAUCAAUACUCCUCGAUCCUCUCAAUCGCUGCGCCCUCUUAUACUCUCACAUGGCUCCCUCGAAUUCUCCUUCCUUGUCCCAACCUCGCUUCAUUUCCAUGCCUCGCAGUUGAAAGACGGGUUCACGGCUUCAUUACCCGAGCCCACCGAUGAAUUGGCUCUGGAUGACGAGCCCUCCUCAGUGGCCGAAUUGGUCGCCCGCUACAUCGGUCAUGUGGCUCAUGAAGUGGAAGAGGGGGAGGACGCUGCCCAGGGCAGCUACUUGGAAGUGCUGAAGCUCAUUCUAAAUGAGUUUGAGCGGGCCUUUAUGCGGGGCAACGAUGUGCACGCGGAUGGCCCACCAAGCCCCUAUGACUCGGCUCUGUUCCGUGCGGCCUCUGAGGACGCCGCGGGCAUCUACACUGUUUUUGGUGGUCAAGGCAACAUCGAGGAAUACUUUGACGAGCUCCGUGCCGUCUACACCACCUACCCCUCAUUCGUAGAGGACCUGAUAAUUUCCUCUGCUGAGCUCUUGGAGUCGCUCUCGCGGGAACCGGAGGCGAGCAAGCUUUAUCCCAAGGGUCUGGAUGUCAUGAAAUGGCUCCAGAAUCGUGAUUCUCAGCCCAAUACCGAUUACUUGGUCUCGGCCCCUGUCAGUCUGCCAUUGAUUGGAUUGGUCCAGCUCGCCCACUACACCGUGACCUGCAAGGUGUUGGGCCGCCAGCCCGGUGACCUUCUCGAGCGCAUUCGGGGUACCACCGGUCACUCACAGGGUGUGGUGACCGCCGCUGCCAUUGCGACGGCCACUAGUUGGGAGUCCUUUGCCAACGCAGCCAAGAACGCCCUGACUAUGCUGUUCUGGAUUGGUCUGCGUAGCCAGCAGGCCUACCCCCGCACCUCCAUCGCGCCCUCAGUGCUCCAGGACUCGAUCGAGAAUGGCGAAGGCGCCCCGACUCCUAUGCUUUCCAUUCGAGACCUCUCCCGGGCUGCGGAUCGCCACAUCGCUAUUUCUCUGGUCAACAGUGCCCGCAACUUUGUGGUGACUGGUCCUCCGAUCUCCCUCUACGGUUUGAACCUGCGUUUGCGCAAAGUCAAGGCCCCUACCGGUCUGGAUCAAACCCGUGUUCCCUUCACUCAGCGUAAGGUUCGGUUUGUCAACCGCUUCCUGCCUAUCACCGCUCCCUUCCACAGCCAAUAUCUCACCUCAGCCUACGACCGGAUUCUGGAGGAUUUGGAGGAUAUUGAUAUCCCCGCCAAGUCCCUGGUAAUUCCCGUCUUCCACACCAAGACCGGUGAGGACCUGCGCCAGCUGGGCGAUGAGAGUGCCGUUCCCUCCCUGAUCCGCAUGAUUACCCACGACGCGGUCAACUGGGAGCAAGCCACUAUUUUCCCUGGAGCCACGCACAUUGUGGACUUUGGCCCCGGUGGUAUCUCCGGCCUCGGUGUCCUCACUAACCGCGACAAGGACGGUACCGGUGUGCGUGUCAUUCUCGCUGGUGAAAUGGACGGCACCAAUGCCGAGGUGGGCUACAAACCGGAGCUGUUUGACCGUGACGAGCACUCUGUGAAGUAUGCCGUAGACUGGGUCAAGGAACACGGCCCCCGUCUCGUGCAGACUUCCACCGGUCAGACUUACGUCGACACCAAGAUGAGUCGCCUGCUUGGCAUCCCUCCCGUUAUGGUAGCAGGCAUGACCACCACCACCGUCCCAUGGGACUUUGUGGCCGCUACUAUGAAUGCUGGCUAUCACAUUGAGCUGGCUGGUGGUGGUUACUAUAACGCGAAGACAAUGACUGAGGCUAUCACCAAGAUCGAGAAGGCUAUUCCCCCCGGCCGUGGUAUUACGGUCAAUCUGAUCUACGUCAACCCGCGCGCCAUGGCCUGGCAAAUUCCCCUCAUCGGCCGCCUCCGUGCUGAUGGCGUGCCCAUCGAGGGUCUCACCAUCGGUGCCGGUGUGCCUUCUAUCGAGGUCGCCAAUGAGUAUAUUGAGACUCUUGGUAUUAAGCAUAUUGCUUUCAAGCCUGGCUCGGUUGACGCCAUCCAGCAGGUCAUCAACAUCGCCAAAGCCAAUCCGAAGUUCCCCAUUAUCAUGCAGUGGACCGGUGGCCGUGGUGGUGGCCACCACUCGUUCGAGGACUUCCACCAGCCUAUUCUCCAGAUGUACAGCCGCAUCCGCAAGCAGGACAACAUUGUCCUUGUUGCCGGUAGUGGCUUCGGUGGCUCCGAGGAUACCUACCCAUAUCUCUCUGGUACCUGGUCCGCGAAGUUCGGUUACCCUGCCAUGCCCUUUGACGGAUGCCUGUUCGGUAGCCGUAUGAUGGUUGCUAAGGAAGCCCACACUUCUAAGAAUGCCAAAAAAGCCAUUGCAGAUGCCCCUGGCGUUGACGAUUUCGAGUGGGAGAAGACCUACAAGAGUGCCACCGGUGGUGUGAUCACUGUUCUAUCCGAAAUGGGUGAACCUAUUCACAAGCUGGCUACUCGUGGUGUCUUGUUCUGGCAGGAAAUGGAUCAGAAGAUCUUCAAGCUCGACAAGGCCAAGCGGGUUCCCGAGCUCAAGAAGCAGCGCAACUACAUCAUUAAGAAACUGAACGAUGACUUCCACAAGGUCUGGUUUGGUCGCAACGCUGCAGGUGAGACUGUGGAACUUGGAGGACAUGACCUAUGCCGAGGUCGUUCACCGGAUGGUCGAGCUUAUCGUCUUACUGGCGACUUCAUUCGCCGUGUUGAAGAGCGUUUCACUACCGCUGAUGGGUUAGCUUCGUUGCUCCAAAACUACUCCGAGCUUAAUACGCCUUAUCCGGCAGUGGAAAACAUCCUGGCUGCGUACCCGGAGGCUGCGACCCAAUUGAUCAACGCGCAGGAUGUCCAGCACUUUCUCCUGCUAUGCCAGCGUCGUGGGCAGAAGCCUGUUCCGUUCGUUCCCUCGCUUGACGAAAACUUUGAGUACUUCUUCAAGAAGGACUCUCUGUGGCAGAGUGAAGACUUGGAGGCUGUGGUCGAUCAGGAUGUCGGUCCUACCUGUAUUCUUCAGGGUCCUAUGGCUGCUCGUUUCUCCAACGUCAUUGAUGAGCCUGUUAAAGACAUUCUCGAUGGCAUUCACAACGGUCACAUUGCCGGUCUGCUGCGGGAUGUCUACGGCGGUGACAAGACCAAGAUUCCUGUGAUCGAGUACUUUGGCGGCAAUCUGAUCAGCGUCGAGGACGAGCCUGAAUUAGAGGGACUCACCAUUUCCGAGGAGGCCAACAAGGUCAGCUUCCGACUUUCGUCUUCCUCCGCCGACUUGCCCGACCUUGACCGCUGGCUACGUCUUCUGGCUGGCGAUUCCUACUCCUGGCGUCAUGCUCUUUUCUUGGCCGAUGUCUUUGUUCAGGGCCACCGUUUCCAGACCAACCCGCUGAAGCGGAUUGUGGCGCCCACCGCCGGCCUCGUUCGUGAGCCCUACCAGUCUGGCAAGCUAGUGAAGACCGUUGUGGCCAAGAUGAACGAGAACGAUCAAAUUAGUCUGACUCUGUUUGAAGGUCGCACUGCUGAGGGCGGUGUUGUCCCCUUGACCUUCCUCUUCACCUACCACCCGGAGACCGGAUAUGCUCCCAUUCCUGAGGUCAUGGGAGACCGCAAACUACCGUAUCUGGUUUGCGGUGGCCGUGAGACCAUCACCUCUCAGGCGGUUGCUGUCUACUUUGGCGGCCCUCAGGGCAGGGCCAUCCGUCAGAACUACAUGGCUAUGACCUUUGAGUCCGUGAACGCUGAUGGUUCGAUCAAGUCCGAGAAAAUUUUCAAGGGCAUUGACGAAACCACAGACUCAUACACUUACCGGUCUCCUACCGGCUUGCUCUCUGCCACCCAGUUCACUCAGCCGGCUCUGACUCUGAUGGAGAAGGCCAGCUUCGAGGGUAUGCGCUCCAGGGGUCUGGUGUAA